UGAUGUUGUACGCCCCAGCGCUGGAAAUAAAAAAAACCCUCCUGCUCUUUUGCAUCAAGCCUCUGGACUCUGAGUCUUUUUGGGCGGUCGUCUCUCUCUCCCAAACGGGCUGUACAUUCCUACGGCCCAACAUUUUGGGGGCUCGUCCGGGAUCGGAGAGGCGACCCCUCUUAAAAAGACCGGUGGCACCAGGCUUGGAGGUAGGCAGACUCCGGAGUCGUCCUUUAUAUUUGUCUCUGUGUUGUAUGUGAUGUGUCAAUUUUGAAGUUUGAAUUUGGAACGACAGGGUACUAACUCCGUAAGGAGGAAGUUCCUCUGGACCAAGAUAGGGUUCUUGGCCAGAAAAACUGUCGCCCUGGAGGACGCUCCAGGGAUUAGGAGUGACCAGGUGGCUUUGGUCGACUCCAGUUGUUUGCCUGCAGGUCGUUGCAGGAUUGGGCACGAUACUCCUAGGGUAGGAUAUCGUCCUUUGUCAGUAUUUGUGUGCAGAAGCAAGUGGCUUCGGUGUUUGUCUGUUGUCUGUGUUGUCGGUCUUUUCUCUUUAAUUAUACUUUUUACUCAUCCAGGAAUUAUGGGCCAAGGGAAGAGCACUCCUCUCUCUCUCACUCUGGCACAUUGGAAAGAGGUCCGAGAUCGGGCCCAUGACCUGUCCGUCAUCAUCCGGAAGGGCCCCUGGCAAACGUUUUGUGCCUCUGAGUGGCCCUCCCUCAGUGUGGGGUGGCCCUCAGAUGGAACUUUUAACCUUUCUGUUAUUUCUGCAGUGAAAAAGAAGAUCUUUGCACCGCACCCCCAAGGACACCCGAAUCAAGGUCCCUAUAUCAUUGUCUGGCAAGACCUCGCCCAAAACCCUCCUUCUUGGGUAAAAGUGCCAGUGCUACAACCUCCUCUCGCCCUGGUAGCCCAGACGGCUCCAUCAGAUCCAGUGCGGCGACCUCUACCCCUAACUGAUCCCCAGGCAGAAUCUCUCCUUCUCGAGUCUCCCCCACCCUAUGUCCCCCAGCAGCAGGCGCAGGUGGCCCAGCCAGGGCCAGGGACAGCCCAGCCCACGGCCCCUAUGGUUGCGGGUCCGGCUCAGGGUACUAGGAGUAGGAGAGGUUUAUCUCCAGAUUCCACUGUCACCUGCCCCCUGCGCCCAGUGCCGGUUCCCAACCCUGGGCCGGGAUUAGAGGAUGAUACAGCCCCCAUCCAGCUCCUCCAGUAUUGGCCCUUUUCCACAGCUGAUCUCUAUAAUUGGAAAACUAAUCAUCCUCCUUUCUCUGAGGACCCCCAGCGCCUGACCGGAUUAGUUGAGUCUCUGAUGUUUUCCCACCAACCCACCUGGGACGACUGUCAGCAGUUGCUCCAGACUCUUUUCACUACUGAAGAGAGGGAGCGGAUCAUUUUGGAAGCGCGGAAGAAUGUCCCCGGGCCAGACGGGCGCCCGACCCAACUCCCUCCGUUGAUGGAUGCCGCUUUCCCUUUGACCCGACCUAAUUGGGACUUCAACACGGCAGAAGGUAGGGAGCGACUGACUGUCUACCGCCAGACUCUAGUGGCAGGCCUCAGAGGGGCUGCGAGACGCCCCACCAAUUUGGCUAAGGUAAGAGAAAUUCUUCAGGGACCGACUGAACCUCCCUCUGUCUUCCUUGAACGACUGAUGGAAGCGUUCAGGCGGUAUACUCCUUUUGACCCGACCUCAGAAGGGCAGAGAGCCUCAGUAGCCAUGGCUUUCAUAGGCCAAUCGGCCCUAGAUAUCAAAAAGAAACUCCAAAGAUUAGAAGGAUUACAGGAUUUUACUCUCCAAGAUUUAGUUAAGGAAGCAGAAAAAGUAUAUCAUAAGAGAGAGACAGAGGAAGAGAAAGAACAAAGAAAGGAAAGGGAAAGAGAGGCCAGGGAGGAUAAAAGAGAAAGAAGGCAAGAAAAACGGCUGACGCGUAUCUUGGCUGCCGCUGUGGGUGACAAUGAGUCCCCACGUAGAGAAAAGGGUAAAACAGGCAGCUCAGGUACCAGGCCACCGUUAAGACCAACCCAAUGUGCUUUUUGCAAGGAGGACGGACAUUGGAAGAAAGACUGCCCUAAACUGCAAAACAAAAACAAGGUCCUAGCCCUCCAGGAAGAUAGUGAAUGAGAUAGUCAGGACUCGGCCCCCCUCCCUGAGCCCAGGAUAACUCUCAAUGUGGAGGGGAGACCCGUUGAUUUCCUAGUCGAUACGGGAGCCCAAUUUUCGGUCCUACGAAAGCCAUUAGGACCGCUCUCCAAAAGGACUUCUUGGGUGAUGGGGGCCACGGGCCAGGAGCGGUACUCAUGGACCACUAGUCGGACUGUGGACCUGGGAACAGGAAAAGUGACUCACUCCUUCCUAAUAAUUCCCCAGUGUCCUGCUCCCCUCCUAGGAAGAGAUUUAUUAACUAAAAUGGGAGCCCAAAUCACUUUUACUCCCAAAGGACCAACCCUCACCCAGCAUGAAAAAGUUACCCUGUUGACUCUCCGAUUGGAAGAUGAGCACCGGCUGUUCAAGGCCAGUGCAAAAGACAAGCAAAUAGUAGAUAGUGAGUGGCUGCGGCUGUACCCCGAAGCCUGGGCAGAAACCGCGGGAAUGGGUCUUGCCCACGAACAGCCCCCAGUGGUGGUAGAAUUAAAAUCUACCGCAACCCCAGUUGCCGUGCGGCAAUACCCUAUGGCGAAAGAGGCCUGGGAGGGGAUUAAACCACAUAUCCACCGCUUGCUGCACAUGGGGAUUUUGAUCAAGUGUCACUCCCCCUGGAACACCCCGCUCCUUCCCGUCCGAAAGCCAGGAACAAAUGACUAUAGGCCCGUGCAAGAUCUUAGAGAAGUUAACAAGCGGGUCCAAGACAUUCACCCCACGGUCCCCAACCCUUAUAACUUGCUAAGUUCCAUCCCUCCGUCCCAUGUGUGGUACUCGGUCUUAGACUUAAAAGAUGCUUUUUUCUGCUUGCGACUGCAUCCAGAAAGUCAAAAAUUCUUUGCUUUCGAAUGGAGAGACUCGGACUCUGGGGCUACGGGACAAUUAACAUGGACUCGACUCCCUCAGGGGUUCAAGAACUCCCCCACCAUCUUCGAUGAAGCCCUCCAUCAAGACUUAGCCGCCUUCCGAGCUGAGCACCCGCAGAUUACUCUUCUCCAGUACGUAGAUGACCUUCUCCUAGCGGGAGCCACGGAAGAAGACUGCAAAGCAGGUACACAGGACUUACUUGUAGAGCUCUCCCGCUUAGGGUACCGAGCAUCGGCCAAAAAGGCUCAACUAUGCCAGCAGGCGGUGACUUACUUGGGGUAUGUACUAAAAGGGGGUCAGAGAUGGCUCACAGAGGCCCGCAAGAAAACGGUCACUCAAAUUCUAAGACCCCGCUCCCCCCGCCAGGUACGUGAAUUCUUGGGAACCGCAGGUUUCUGUCGCCUGUGGAUCCCAGGGUUUGCAACGCUGGCCGAGCCUCUAUACACCCUGACAAAACAGGGAAACCCCUUUGAGUGGGGAGAGACUCAACAGAAGGCGUUUGAUGACAUCAAAAGAGCCCUUCUCUCUGCACCGGCUCUUACUUUGCCGGAUGUAUCCAAACCCUUUACUCUCUUCGUAGAUGAGAAGAAGGGGGUUGCUCGAGGAGUAUUGACUCAAACCCUGGGGCCUUAGAAAAGGCCAGUAGCUUACCUGUCCAAAAAAUUAGACCCAGUGGCUAGGGGAUGGCCGGCUUGUUUAAGGGCCAUAGCAGCCACUGCCUUGCUUGUAAAAGAUGCAGAUAAACUCACCCUGGGGCAAAAACUAACAGUUAUAGCCCCACAUGUGCUAGAAAGCAUCAUCCGGCAACCCCCCGAGCGGUGGAUGUCAAAUGCUCGGCUGACUCACUACCAGAGCUUGUUGCUGGACGAUGAUCGAGUCCUUUUCGGGGCUCCAGUAACUCUCAACCCAGCUACCCUGCUGCCGGAGGUGCACCCGGAGAGUGGAGCAGUUCUUCACUCCUGCCAUGACAUUCUGGCGGAGGAGACGGGGCCCAGAAGAGACCUCCGGGACGAGCCGUUACCCGACCCACAUUACACCUGGUAUACGGAUGGGAGCAGCUACCUACAUGAAGGUAAAAGGGUCGCGGGGGCAGCGGUGGUCAGUAAAGACAAGGUUAUAUGGGCUAGCAGCUUGCCCGAGGGAACCUCCGCCCAGAAAGCUGAACUGAUUGCUUUGACCCAGGCCCUGAGACUGGCGGAAGGUAAAAAGGCUAACAUUUACACAGACAGCCGUUACGCCUUUGCUACAGCCCAUAUCCAUGGAGCCAUAUACCGCCAGAGGGGCCUCCUCACCUCUGCAGGCCGAGAAAUUAAAAACAAGCAAGAGAUCUUGCACCUCCUCGAAGCUGUCCAUGCUCCCCAGGAGGUAGCUAUUAUCCAUUGCCCUGGACACCAAAAGGGGACCUCUGAAGUGGCCCAAGGGAAUAGAAAGGCCGAUUUGGAGGCGAGGCAGGCUGCCCUGCAGUCAGAGACACUAGUCCUCACUAUCAGUCCCUCAGUGGCCCCGCCGGAAUUCCUUCGUUAUUCCUCAGAGGAAGAAGAGAGCCUAACAAAAAAACCGGCGAGAUACUCUAGGGACCCGCAGGGGAUAUGGAAAACCCUAGAAGGAAAAAUUAUUAUACCAGAAAAAACAGCAAAAGUAUACCUAAGGCAGCUGCAUCGUCUCACCCAUUUAGGGGCAAACACCUGCGCCCAUUUCCAGUCAUCAAAAUAUCAUAUCCGGGGGAUUAGCCACCUAUCUGAAGAAGUAGUCCGCCAGUGUAAAGCUUGUCAACUAAUUAACUCUCACCCAUCCCAGGUUGGCCCGGCAGCGCUCAGGGGCAAGCCUGGGAGCAUGGGAGUGGACUUUACAGAGUAAAGCCCGCCGUAUGGAUAUAAAUAUCUCUUAGUUUUUAUAGACGGAGAUCUGGGCACCCCUGGCCGCCUCUACAAGCCGGGAGAAGUACAGGUGCCCCACCCGUCCAGGUUGGUGAUCUCGUCUACGUCAGGCGACACCGAGCUGCAACCUCGAGCCGAGGUGGAAAGGACCACACUUGGUGCUGCUGACGACUCCGACGGCCAUCAAAGUGGACGGCAUCGCGACCUGGAUUCACGCCUCACACGCAAAGCGGGCGCCUCCCGAGGACAACAAUGA